GCGAACCGCACUCCUGCCCCUCCUGCUGGGGACGGUGACGUCCGCCAGCCGGCUGCACCGCAGCCACGUCGGGCUCGCCGCCGGCGAGCGGGAUCACCCGGUCGAGAAGGUCAUCCUCCUUCUGAAAGAUUUGAGCGCCCAAGUUCUCAAGCAGUCGCAGGAGGAGGAGUACCUGUAUGGGAAGUUCGACAAGUGGUGCAAGGACACCGACAGGACACUGUCUAAGGCGAUCUCCGCCGGGAGGGAGAAGAUCGACUCGCUGAAGGACAAGGUAAGCUCUUUGGAGAAGGAAGAGAAGUCCUUGACGAAGCAGAUCGACGUGCUCGGGGAGGAGAUUUUGGAGCAUGAGGCCGCCUCGGAGAAGGCCAAGCAAGUUCGUGACGAUGAGAACAAGCUGUGGCAGGAUGCUGACAAGGAUUUGGAACUCACGAUCGGGGCCAUCUCCGAGGUCCUUGAGAUCAUGAAGGGGGCCAUGCGGGCGGCGCCGUGGGCGCUGCUGCUGGCGACCUGCCCCGUCCGGGGCCUGAGGAACGGCCUGGACCUGGUGCCUCCCAUGGGCUGGCGAUGUUGGAAGCUGCUGGAGCUGUUCCGUCAGGCGGUGAACAGGUGGGCCAUGUCAAAGGGGGGGCCAUUGGCGAAUGACUGCGCUCAGGAUGGCCAGGAUGCCCGCGAGUUGCUUGCCCGGCGCAGAGGCAUCGAAGGUUGUUGCCGCCCCCCGCGCGCGCAGUUCGUAGCCGACCCCAUGAACUUGCAGAUCGUGAGGCUGCCGCUGGUCCUGCCCCUGCUCCCCGUGGCUGCUGCGGCCGCCGUCCCCGCUGCGUCCUCCUUCGUGCUGCCUCGCCGGUCGAACUGGCUGGCGUUCGGGUGCAACAUCGACGAGCAGCUCUUCCGGCGCAGCGCCGACGCCCUCGUGUCGAAGGGCCUCCGCGAUGCGGGCUACACGACCGUCGGCGUGGACGACUGCUGGGCGGAGCUCGGCAGGAACGCCUCCGGGCACCUGGUGCCGAACCGGACGAUGUUCCCCUCGGGGAUGGAGGCCCUGGCAGACUACCUGCACGCCCGGGGGCUCAAGCUGCGCAUCUACAGCAGCGCAGGUCUCAAGACCUGCCAGGGCAACAUGUCGGGCUCGCUGGGCUACGAGUGGCUAGACGCCCAGCUCUUCGCCUCCUGGGGCGUGGACGCGCUGAAGUACGACGAUUGCUACCAGGGGCAGUUCGAGCAGGUGCUGCAGGACUCGGCCCGCCGCUUCCCGUUCCUCUCGCCGCCGAUCCUGCGGUACCCGGUGAUGGCGCAGGCGCUUAACAGGACGGGGCGCAGCAUAUCCUACCUGUGCAACUUCCCCUGGGAUUUCUGGAGGCAGGAGCAGGACCAGGCGCUCGGCGGCCAGUGGGUGGCCGAGACGUGCAACUCGUGGCGCACGGGGCCCGACUCGCAGCCUGGCUUCGACUACUCGAUGGGCGUCCUCGACGGGGCGGAGAAGUGGGCGGACGCGGUGCCCUCGGGCCCAGGCGGCUGGAACCACCUGGACGCCCUGCAGAUCGGGAACGGCCGCGCGCCAGGCGCGGGCGGGGGCGGCGCGGCGAUGUCGGAGCCGCAGGAGCGGGCGCUCUUCUCCCUCUUCGCGCUGGCGAAGACGCCGCUGAUGAUCGGGGCCGACGUCACCGCCCUCUCGGGCGGCAGCCUGGCCACGUACCUCAACCGGGAGGUCAUCGCGGUCAGCCAGGACCCCCUCGGCGCGCGCGGGCGGCGCGUCGCGCCGCCCGCGCCCGGGGCGGCGGCCGCCGACCUGCCGCCCGGAUGCGAGGUGUGGAGCGUGCGGCUGGCCGACGGCGGCGCCUUCGUGGUGCUGCUGAACCGCAACGCGGAGGGCUCGCAGCCGCUGGGCGUUCCGGUGAGCUGGGGCGACCUGGGCAUGAAGGCGGGCUCCGCCUGGGCCGUCCGCGACGUGUGGCGGCGCGCGGAGCUGGGGGUCUUCUCGGGCGCCUUCCGCGCCGAGGUUCCGCCGCAGGCCUGUGUGGCGGUGCGCCUGCGGCGGGUCGCGCUGGAGGCUCUGCCGGCGAGGCUGCUCGUGUGA